GCUUGGUCUUGCAAUAAUUAUUGGGAAAAAUAUUAAAACCGUAUAGCCUCAUGAUAUAGAUAACAUCAAUGGAAGUUUUGAUAAUGGGUUGAUUACCCAAGAACAAGUAUGGAAUAUACGAGCGAAUGAAUAACUAUUAUGUUGUCAAGAAUGGGUGAGGUGAGAAAAACGCCAUUUGGGUUUUUUGAGCCAAAUCACUUUGUAUAUAUCUCCUACCACCAUGAAAAAAGACAAAACGUCAGCAACAAUGAAUUUAAAUGGCAAAGGUUUAAGAGUGCCAGUAACGACAGAUCUAUAUCAAUGCUACGACGAGCAAAGACAUAUUUAAGAAGCUCAAUGACCCAGGAUCGACUUAAUGGCUUGGUGUUGCUAAAUAUCCACAACAAGAUGAAAAUAAAUUUAGAUGACGUAACCGAUAUGCUGGCAAUAAAAUAUCCAAAAAGACUUAAAAUGUUAGAUAUUCAGAACGACGUAUAAAAGUGUAACAGUCUUGAUAGAAAAAGGAAUAAAUCUUGUAUAUUAUUAUCUGUUGUUUAAAUGUCCCCGUAUAUAAAUU